AACGCACUGAUUAGGGGCUCUCCACGAACAGCCGCCAUCAGCGAGCGGCGGACGCGGGGCUCGAGCCUCCAACCCUAGCUAGCGACGAGCGGACGCGGGGCGAGCAGUAGCCGGCGAUAGUGGUUAGCUUUGCCGGCGGUAAGCAGCAGCCCAUGCCCUGCGCCCCACGGCAAGCAGCAGCCAAGCCCCACGCGCCAACGACAAGCAGCAGCAGCUGUUGGGCGGCGGACCCUAGGCGCCUAGCGUCGGGAUUCGGAAGCAGCAGUCGGCACCCGCGCCAGGAGCCAGUCGCCACGAGCACGCCGCCCACGAGCUAGCGGCAUCCAGCAAAAUCAAGCUUCAAGCUUCUUCCGGUUCCAGCUUCGAGAAAGCUUGGCGCCGCACGCCAGGAAGGAACCGACUCAAAACGCCUGUGCACAGCACCACUCGCUGGCGAUGGAGAGGGUCGUGGUGGUCUCCGAGGAUGCCGCCGCCUCGGUCUCCUCCGCCCCGUCCUCCUCCUUCGCGGAAACCAGGGUCAUCUGCCGCGUAUGUCAGAAGCAGUUCGCACAGUACACUUGUCCACGCUGCAACUCCCGCUACUGCUCGCUUACGUGCUACAAGGGGCAUAGUGUGCAAUGCACUGAAUCAUUUAUGCGUGAGAAUGUUACGGAGGAGCUUAAGCAAAUUCAGCCUGAAGAUGAAUCAAAAAGGAAGAUGCUUGAUAUACUCAGACGGUUCCACUUGGAAGAAGAAAUGGAGUCCGAUGGUGAAGAUAAGUCAAUGUUGUCAGAGGAGCUUAUUCAGAAAGCCAUCUCUGGUGACGAAAUCAAGCUUGAGGACCUCUCUGAUGAUGAAAUCAAACGAUUUCGUCAAGCUCUGGCCUCUGGUGAACUCAGCAAGAUGAUUGAACCAUGGACUCCAUGGUGGAAAAAUCCUUCAGCUAAAUCGAUCUCUCUUAGUCAUGAUGGGAGCCAGCUUAUCAGACAGAUAAGUACAGACGAUACUACUCUAUCAGAUCCAAUGACUGCGUCAGAGUCUAUCAUCAAUGAAAUACCAGAAGGGCCAGAAUAUCCUCUCCCAUCACUCAAACAGCUAACCAGGGCAGAGCCAUCUCCUCUGCUCACUGUUCACUUGGUUGAUAUUCUCUACAGUUACUGCUUCACGCUUCGCCUCUACAAUGGUGACUGGCAGUCUGAUCCUUUGGGUGCUUCAACUGUUGCCUUGUCUAUGUCGAAAGUCAUGGGGGACGGCGCUAAGCCUGAGACAGUAUCUGAAGCGCUCACAACAUGCAUAGAGGAGACAUGCUCCCCAGCUUACAGGCACACCGGAGGUUUCAGGUUUGCUAUUGGACUUGUGGAUGAUAUCGUCACAAUCCUCUCCUUAGGAGGCAAUGCAGUGGUCUGUGCAUUGUGUGACUUCCACAGGCUCAUCCAAGCUGGUGAGAGCAUCCUCAAGGAAGACAAAGUGGGCGAGACGGAAAAGGCGCGGAGCUUCAAAAAGCUCCAUGCCGCGGGUAGGAAGCUGUUCUUCAUGACAUGCUGGGCUCAUGAACAGCCAACUGAGGCCUGGCCGUCGUUGGCUCGCAUCGUUGAGGUGCAGAAAGCGGCUUUUGAGGAGCUGGACAGUGGAAGCGGACUGAGGAAGGCAGGAAGAAAGAACAACCCGCAGUCCAAGGUUCUUAUCGAGGAGGUGUAAGCAUAUCAACGCAGUACUGCUGGAAUAACCGCACUUUGUUUUCUCGCCACCCUUUUGGUAUCUCUCAGCUGUAUCAUUUGAUCCUUGUGCCCUUCUUCAUCUUCAAGUGCAGUGGCUUAAAUGUAUAAAUUGUCAUCUUUGGAAGAUGUGAUAGUUACAUUUCUGAAGUUCUGAUAUUAAAGCGACCUGGUUAAUCACA